AUAUGUGAAACACCCACAAAUCAAGUGCUACAAUUCAUAGAUCGGACCAGCUCAUAUCUUAAAGUACUUCGUGUUAUUGGUUGGUUACUUCGUGUGCGUAACCGAGUUAAACAAAGGGUUCCUGAUCAUCAACAUAAUUUCACUAGUGAUGAGUUACGACAUUCUUUACAUUGCAUCAUCUGGAUCAUUCAAAGCGAACAUUUCUCUAAUGAAAUUCAUUGUAUAAACAACAACGUGGAAAUUAAGACUUCGUUGAAAACUCUUAGUCCCUUUAUUCAAGAGGUGGAUGGAUUUCCAUUGCUUCGUGUUGGUGGACGCCUUAUGCAUGCGAGUAUUUCAGAAGAAAGAAAACACCCUUUUUUAUUACCAAGACAUUGUCAUUUCGUUGAGACUUUGGCUAGACAUCAUCAUAUUGAAAAUUAUCAUGCCGGGUCUAAGGCGUUUAAUUUCAAUUUUACGACAACGAUAUUGGAUCGUCAAUGCCAGAGGAUUAACUAG